GGUUCAAUGACAACAUCUACCGCUGCAUCACGGCCAAUGAUGUCCUUUCCUGAUGCUUCCUCUCUCGAUCUCCUAAUCCCAGAAUCAUCCGACUUUGAUUUCGAAGCACAUCUGAAGACUGGUGAACAACUUGUAUCUAGAGAUACCUUGCUUUUCGAGGAAUUGUUGCCUGUAUAUCUUAUUCUCCGCAGUUCAUUACCAUUCUUUCAAAAGGUAUUAGACAAUGUCGAACUACACGUAGCCGCAUACGCCACUCAGCCUUCACCACCUCCUCGCCAACAGCAGGGUGGCGCCCCGGCUCCUCCACAACAACCCGUUAAGUUGGCUUUGGACUCGGUCACUAUUACGCCAGAGAACAAACCAAUCUUAGUUCGUCUUCCUGACGAUGGAGAAGAACCAUACGCUGUCUGGAAGACGACUGUCUACCUUCGCUACCCACCUCAGAAACUUCACCGACCGUCCAUCCAUAUUACAGCGUCUGUUGUCUCGAAACCUGCUGGAACACCAACGCUAUCCCAAACUACAUCCCAGGAUGAAUAUAUGACUAGUGCAUUACCGACUUCCGAGAACCUCCUUCAGUCUUUGCAGCACAACUCACAAAAUGCUUCGAGUCAACCAUAUCUUCCAUCUUCUCGCAUUCAUAAGGUGGCACCUUGCGCAACACCUACAGCCCAGGAAACUCGUCCCCUAAGAACUUCGUCAAAGCUCUUUGCCGUCUCUCCAGCUUUGGCGGUCAAGGUCCAUAUUACUCCCGAGCAAGUCUCGGACAUACUGCUCUGUCUAGAUCUGGAGUCAGCACGUCAUGCCGGACAUGGCGGAAUACAUGUGAAUGAGAUCAAGGCAGAAGGAACCGGGCUCAACGUGGGGCCAUUUUCUGCUGAUUUGGCUGCUUUGGAUCUACCAACCACCUUACAUACCGGAGACAGGAGCACUUUUCUGUACAAAUUGGCGCGAGACAACGACACGGCUCAAAGUCCAACCCACCAUCUGAGUAGGCCGACCAGUGUCACAUUCCAGAUUCGCGCUGUUGCUCGGAUUAGCAGCACAUGUAGCGCUCAGAUCCAGGCUCGCUGGCACGGCAAUGUAAACUUUCCAUCCCUCCAGCCGACGAAACCCAUGCUACCACGACCUCAAAGCGUAGCAUCGACUCUGCCACCCCAGGAUCCCAAUCCACGGCCGUUGAGUAAGCGUUUCAGCACAACAACGACUCGACCCCUGAGCGGUAUGGCGCAGGUCGACUCUGCAGGCGUGACCUUUGCAUUCACAGCCCCAGAUCAAGUCGAAGAGGGCGAAACGUUUCAUCUCGAUGUGUUUGUGGUGAACCGCAGCAGCAGGAAGAAGAGACUCGCCAUUAUAGCCAUCCCAAAGUCUGCCAAGUCUGCUCAAUCGCAUCAUGCCCUGCGUUUCCCUAACAUUUCGCGACAAGACAGCCAUCAUACUGCUGAAGCGGUGCUGGAUGAUCGCACGAUGUACAACAUGCAGGAUCAACGCGAGGCUCACGUGGCAGAAGUCGUGUGUCUCAAUGCUGAUGUGCGGGUUGGUCUUCUAGUCNCUCUUCCGCCUGGUGCUUGUCACAAUGUGCAGCUGGAAUUCUUGACACUUUCAACAGGAUUGGUUGGUCUUGCUGCAGUGCAUGUCGUAGAUCUUGAAACCAGGGAGACGACGCAGAUUACAGAGCUGCCUGAUAUCAUGGUCUCCAAAUAG